AUGCAGCAUUAUCGUUGUGCUCAAUGUCCUGCUAUCUUUUCUUCAAUUUCAUCACGUAAGAAUCAUGUAAGACACGAACAUCAAUCAACUGUCCAUACCAAGGAUAUACAUGGCUCUGUGGUGAUUAUUGAAAGAGUCAAUAAUCGUUUUUCAUGCCCUCAAGUAGCUUGCUCAUACUCUACUGUCAAAGCAUCCUUGAUGCAGACUCAUUAUCAUAAUUGUCGAUCCAAAAUUCGCACUUCAGUUCCUUCUGUGGCCAGCCAUACUCCUAGGGUGGUGGUUCAAUCUAGAGUGAUUCCUGCUGGAAGCCAAGUGCAAGAGCUUGCUGGAUGGAGGGAGUUUGGGGUUUAUUAUCACAAACUGGCCAAGCUGUUGCUGUGCUCAAAUGAGGGUUGCCACGUCUGUGUUAAAGCUGAAGAGAUCUCAUCUCACCUCCAGACUCAACAUCAUAUCAAAUUCAAUGUGGACAAAAGCAUGCUUGAUGGCAUAGUCCAAGCUCCUCCUCAAGACAUUUACAAUCUUCAGCAGCCCAUUACUCCUUUCCGAGGAGUUCGAAUGUACAUGGGUGUUGUAUGUAAUGUGUGCUACUAUGCUUGUGUCCAGUUGGACUCUAUGCGGAAGCACUUUGUGUCCCAUCAUUGGGUUCCAGAGUUCCAAGAUGGAGGCUGGAGAAACAAUAUUAGCCAGUCUUGGGUUCAGACUCUUCUGCGGCACCAACAUCGUCGAUUUUUCCAUGUUCUUCCGACUCAUCCGGAUGACGAUAUUAUCCCAGACUCAAACACCUCUUCCAGUGUCAUUACCAGUCGCCAGGCCAGUGGCCUUUUGGCCCAGCUUCCACCCCCUAUCAGCAUGACUUCUCUUGGAGUGCACAAUCCAGCUGGGAUUAGGGACACUCCAACUUGUGAUGAGAUUGGAAACAAACCACUUGGCUCCCUUGCGGCAUCGGCGAUCAAAAAAUACUCUGGUUUAUUGGCCUUGUUCUUCAUCUUUUGCUUAGAAAUAUCCCAUAACCCCCGACUUGGUCUUCCAGCUUGUAUUAUCAAUCCAUUAGCCCUCAAGCUUCUUGAUCAGCUCCAUGAUCAUCUUACAACAAGUCCACCUACCAUCCCUUCUCACUUGAUUCCUGAAUGUCUUGUUGCUCUAUUCAUCCAAUCAAACCCUCAUGGUACACCAGACACCUGUUUUCAUGUUCUUCAGUUUGUUGCUUUGUCGAUGAUCAAAGAAGAUGGUUCCUUUCAGCCCCAUGGCCUAGUGACUAGGCUCCUUGCUCCUCUUCAAUACUGUCUUCGAGUGUCUUUUGUUGAAUUGUACUUGGCUUUCUCUGCCUGCACUCCAUCCCCCGAUACCAACCUUGGACUGAUCUUCCACAACGGUCUAAAUGGCCAAGUCGAGAAUAUGUGGAACUAUGUAAUUGAAGGGACAGUCAACACACCAUUCUGGGGUCUUCGAUCCUGGAUGCACCUCAUGGCGACUGUUACAAUGACUGAGGGGCUCCCUGAGACGACACAUUGGAUAGACAGUGGCUGCACGCAACUGGCCAUUAACAACCUGACUGUAUCGUUGGAUGAUGUCAAGCACACAAUUCAGCAAACCUUUCAGAGUAUUGAGCAACUGCUCUCUUUGCUCACUCAAGGUGUCAAGUUGCCAGUGUUUGAUCGGGUGGCAUAUGAGGAUCAGCCUCAUAUGGUUGAUGUUGGAUUCAACUAUCUAGUGGCCUCUGCAAAAUACCACGACCAGUACUCAGGUCGAUAUCUCUUAGAAUCAUGGAUGGCUGCAGGAGAUCCAUGGGGUUUUUCAAAAUAUGGCGAAACCUGGGAUCGAUCGACUGUUCAAAAAUGGCUAGACAUGGCGAAUGAACUUACCAAAGCUCUUUACUUUUGUGUCCAUUGUGGAUGUGGCCAACCUGCAAGAGGAACCGAAGAAAUGACUGUCAAGAUAGUUAAUACCCCAGAAGCAAUGCGGAAUGUAUUCUGGCGUAACGCAUUUGCAUCAUUAUUUGGCUUUCAUCCGGCCUACUCAAAUCUUUUGGAUCAACUUGACCAUAUACAACAUCUAUUGACGCAUCUUUGGGUUGACACUUCACUUGGACUUUUUACUACUUCCCAUCAAACAUCGGUUCUCCACCGGACAUUUGUGAAGCAUAAUGUUGCCCCACUUGGGGUGAAUCCUUGGAGACACCUCUGUGUUGCGGUUUGUGAUCAGUGGCUAAAGGAGCACCCCCGAAUUGGUCUUGUUGAUGAUGAUGAAGAUGAUGAGGAAGGAUCAAAUCAUGUCUUGGAUAUUCAAAGGAACCAUACGAGCCGAACAGCCAACUGGGUUUAUGGAGGAACUAGUGGGCACAGUAUGGACCGUCGUGCCGAGUAUCAAUUCCGUCAAGCCUGCACAAUUUGGCAAGAUUUUUGGGGUGUGAAUUGGGAUUAUAGUUCUUCUUCCUUGGUUGGCCCCGUCACUCCGGUUAUUCCCUUGAGUCCAUCGCAGCUUGCCAUGCAAGCGCUGCAGCAGUUUACUAGGGAUCCGUCACCGAGUUGGAAAUCACCCUUUCAGCAAUUGUGGAUCACUGCUGUAUUAGAAGCCGAUCAAGAUCUUCUUGUUGUUGCUCGAACAGGUGGGGGCAAGUCUCUGGCGUAUUUGUUGCCACCUUUGGUUGAACCAACACAGCUGUCUGUUGUGAUUCAGCCACUCAAAGCACUUGGACACGAAACUAUGAAGAUACUUGAGUCGCAUCAUAUUGAGGGAUUCUAUGUGGAUCAAGCACUCAAGCAGGACAUACCUCAUAACACUCGGGUAUUGGUUGCGUCGGUUGAAGCGGCAUCUCAGAUUGGAUUUUUCACUGCAGUCAGCAAGUUGAAACCAAGACGGUUUAUUAUUGAUGAAGCGCAUCAGUAUCUAGAUGAUGUGACUUACCGAAAUUACAUGGCUGGUGUCGCUCGGUUGAGGGAGAUUACUGGACAGUUUGUUUUUAUGACUGGAUCGUUGUCACCUGCAAACCAUACACAGUUGUUGCAAGGAAUCUUCAACAUGGUACAAGUCAAAACUUUCCGAGAGCCAACAGUUCGACCGGAACUGCUGUGGGAAGUCAAGGAUCACCAACUUGGGUCUGCAGAAGCGUUGUUGCAUCUAGUAGCUGCUACCUGGCAAAGUGAAUGCAAGGAUGACUCAUCACGAGGGAUGGUCUUUGUGCAGUCGCAUGCGGGGGUUGAAGCUCUUUAUCAGCAGUUGGAGCGCAUGAAGGUUCCGGUGACGUAUUAUCAUGCUGGUCUUGAUGUGGAUCUGGCAAAAUCUAAUGCCAACCAGUGGAGGGUUACUGGCCGGUGUGUAAUGGUAGGAACAUGUGCAUUUGGGACUGGAAUCAAUUAUCCACAUGUUCGGUUUGUGAUUAUCCUGGGAAUUCCAAACCGAGGGAAUAUCAAUCAAGUGUUUCAGCAGGCUGGUCGAGCAGGGCGAGAUGGGAAAUUGGCCAAGAUUAUCUUGGUUUCACAAAAGAAAAGUCCGUGGGAUCCAGAUGGAUUUACGCAGACACUUCUAAGUCCUGGAACAUGCCCUGUGCGAGCAUUUUCGACUGUUCUUGAUGAAUCACCAUCCUCAUGCCUCAGUUUGGAUGUUUCCAGAAAGUGUUCUGUGUGCUCUGUGAUUGGAGGACGUGUAAAGGGUCUUGUGGUUGACGAUACGAACAAAACGACUGACGGAUUGGAUGAAGCUGGGCUUAUGGAGUUGGACUCUUGGGAAAUAGAACGAGAUCAGCGUGUAGAUACAAGGGUGGCGAGGGUUGAGAAGGAUCAAAGUAUGAGGGCUGAGCGAGAUUUGGGUUGGGCAUACUUGUAUUGGGAAUGGAUUGAGAUCUCGCUGUUUCUCAUGCAAGUCAAAUGCACAUUGGACUCGAGAGUGUAA